GAGCAAGCUUUUGAAGUACAUGCUGGGUUAACCUGGUGGGGACGUUUCAUCUGUUUUUGUGCAUUCAGCUACGCUGUGAAUCAUUGUGAGAUUCGAUGCUAUCCAUGUACAGAGAAACUGGAUGAUCGUUUUGCUUCAAUUUUACCUCUUGAUAAUUCUAUUAGACCUCUGAUUUUGGAUGUUGUCAGAAAUAGAUUGAUUAUCUUCUCCACAGAUAGUCACUACAGAUCUUUUACUUUGACUUGCGGUUCAAAACCACAUGAAGUGACGAUGACGCCACAUUCAACAUACAAUCUUUCAGCAUUUUUUCCCUAUGCUGCAUGCCUAACGCGGAUAUUUCCCUUCUCUCUCUACUCAAAUUCUCCCAUUGUGAAACACAACUCAGCUGGUGAAGUUAAUACAUCGCGAAGGCGGAAUUCUGCCGAUCUUGAGGAUACAACUCUUUUGGCUACUUACGCUGGAAAUCUCCUUUUACUUCCCAAUCUUCAUUCCACUUCUUUAACUCAACCGCAGGAUGAAAAUGGGUCAAGUAUCGCCGGAUUUCUUGGAUUUGGGUUUAAGAAGGACACUAAUGCUAGAAAAUAUCGGGAUACCUUCUCCCCCACUUUAAUUGCCUCUCAAGUGGAGCUUCUCUGGUACCCUUCCACCUAUAUUCCUUUACCUUCACCACCCCAACGACCCACUGAGUUUAUUGAAGCGGGUAGCAGUGACAGUGAAUCUGAGGAGGAUCAAGAGAUCAGUGAAGUCCAUUUAAGCAGUGAUCCAAAGGAGGGAAGAGGAGAAAUGAACAGUUCUCUUACACCAUCUCUUCUUAGUAAGUCUAUCUGGCUCUUUUGUGGUGCUGAUGGAGUGAGGAUUUGGCUGCCAUUGGACACUUCUAUGGGGAAAAGAUCUUCCAUAGGGGAGUCGUCAAUUUCUUCUUCACCUACUAUGGAGAGAAAACUGCAAAGUGGUGUUGGGUCGUAUUCUUCUACUCUAGUACAUUCGACAAAAGCCUCGAGAAGAGUUAUGAUUUCUCUGGGCCUAGAUGGACUCUCUUAUCCAUUGGAUUAUAUUGAGGCUAUGCACUUUUGCAUUGAUGUGAAAGUGCGAACGAAAGACAUUCCAUCCUUGCUCAUUUUUGUUUUGUUCUCUUUCGCUGUCCAUGGCGCUUUUAAUAUUAUAUUUCUGGAUAAAGCAGUUCUUGUGACAGUGCAGACCGACUACCUGAGGACGGAGCGCUCAUACUCCGAUGUCCUCUCUGAUCCCUUUAUCCAAAUGCCCUUCUGCUGUGUUAAUUUUAAGACCAACUUAUUCCUGCCGCAUCUGCUGAAAGAUUUACUGCGUAAAAACCUCUCGGAUGUAGCAUUUGAAUUGGCCUCAUCGUAUCGUCAUUUGCCAUACUUUCAGCACAUCCUUGAGCUUCUUCUCCACGAGGUUCUGGAGGAAGAAGCCACUUCAAAGUUCCCCAUUCCUGAUCCUCUACUACCUCAAGUGACGGCCUUUAUAGAACAGUUUCCUCACUUCCUCGACGUUGUUGUACAGUGUACUCGAAAAACAGAAGUUACAUGGUGGCGUCAUCUAUUCUGUUCUCUUGGGAGACGACCGAAGGACGUCUUUGAUCACGCACUCUCUUUGGAGCAACUUGACACGGCUGCAUCGUGUCUUGUCAUUCUACAGAAUUCGGAGUCCCAUUCCACUUGCAAGCAGUGCGCAUUGAUUCUUCUGGAAACUGCAAUCAGGGAAUGCCAAUGGCAUCUUGUCAGAGAUUUGGUGCGCUUUCUGAAGGCUACAACUCUUUCAUAUAAAUGUACUGAUGAUGCGCUCAAUGAAGUGGACGCUUUUUUUGAACACGUUAAGUGUCGCUUUAUUCGCGAGGGGUCCUGGAAGUCUCUUGAAGAAAUCUUCGCCAAUUUGCCUUCGUUACCGUCUAAUGGAACCGAUGUUCAAAAUGAUUUAAUGGAGUCGUCAGAUCUUCAAAAUUCACCUCUUCCUCAUUGGCUCCUGGCUAAUCGGGAACAUGUAGCGAUCGUAGAUGAUUGGCCAAGAUGUUUCCAACGUCUUCAUUCUGAUUUUGGAAUGUUUUUGCCUCUUCCAAUUCAGAAAGAGGGUGUGUCUAUCAAUCGACAGAAGAGGCCUGGUUUUGCUAAAGCUGUUAAUAUAGACAAACCAAAGUCGUCCUUAAAUCUAGAUAUUUCACCAUCUGUUUGGCAUUGUAAUUUAAAUUAUGAGGCUCCUACUUUCCACCAAGCACUUAGAACUCAGAAACAACUCCAAGUGCUUCUUGGUCAUCUUUUGCUUGUUCUUCGAGAACUCAAACCUUCAUCUGAACCAGAUGUCUUCACUCCUCCUGAAAUAAGCCUGUUUUCUUGGGCUUUUUUAAUAGCAUUUCUUCAAUUGGACAAACAGGCGAUUUUUGCAAUCUUCUCUUUCAUGCAAAGCAGGUGUGAAACCAAAAUCUCUUCAGAAAGCUCAAUUGCUUCUAUUAAUCAAUUUCUCAACGGGCUAGAAUCAUUGGAGUCAUUGAUAGCCACUAAUCCCCGGGCUAACCCUGAGUACUUUAGUUUCUUCGUGGAGCUGAAACCACGAAUUCGGAAGUUUGUUCAAUAUUUUGUGGAACCCAAACCAGUGGUUGCUGAGUUGGAAGAAAAGCCUGCUCUCAACCUCCAGAAUGGUUCAAUACUGGAAGAGAGUAAUACCCUCGCAUCGAAAGCGUCUCCUGAAAACCAUAUCUUCAUGUCGAUGUCUAUGCAAACUAUGAAAACACAGAAUCAUGUAGCGGCAGAUUUCGAAUCGGCAUCGGACGAACAUUUAGUUCAUCCUGGUUUAGAUGAAGAAGGAUCUCGCUCCUCUUGUAUAGUUUCUUGA